AUGUACUUUCGUUCCAGAGUAUGUUGGAUAAAGGACAUCGUCGUGGCAGUAACUGCAGAGAACACAGAAGUAAUGGAAAGUAUCAUUCAGAAGUAUCAGCAUAAAGGCAUCUCCCUGGUUGAAGCCGGAGUGACUCGCCACAGGUCGAUUUACAAUGGCCUGAAAGCCUUGGCUGGAGACCAGCCUGGCUCCAGACUCUCCAGGCCCGAAGUUGUUAUUAUCCAUGAUGCUGUUAGACCAUUUUUUGAAGAAGAUGAUCUUCUCAGAGUGGUUGAAGCUGCUAAGGAACAUGGGGCAGCAGGAGCAGUCCGACCUCUUGUGUCUACUGUCAUCAGUCCCUCGGCUGAAGGUUGCUUAGACCACUCACUGGAACGCGCGAGAUACCGCGCAAGUGAAAUGCCACAGGCCUUCCUAUUUGAUGUGAUCUAUGAAGCCUAUCAGCAGGUGACCUACAAACGAGAUCUGUAUGCGGCUGAAUCGGUUAUUAAGGAGAAAAUUUCACAAGAGAUUUGCAUAGUGGUGGACAAAAAAGAAAAGGAACAUUUAGGUCAUCUUCUUGAAGCCGUGCUAAAAAAUGAACUAAAUCAUGUAAAAGUCACAUCUGGGAUCCCAUCUCAGGCUGGCAGCGAUAUUCAGCGCAUCAUCUUAGAUCAGUGCUACAGUUUUGUUUGUGUGAAUGUUACAACUGAUUUCCAAAACACCCAGAAGUUGCUGCACAUACUUGCAGAGAGCAGUGUUGCGGCUUUAUGUCCCAUAGUGGUUGUUUCGGUGCAUUUUCUUGAUUUUGAAUUAGGACCUCUCAGUCAGAAAAUGGAAAGCCUAAUGUGGGUUAGAGAAUUUGCAGUAGAAGCAAAGAAGAGAAACAUUUUAUUAUACGGUCUUCUAAUAAAUUACUCACAGGACACACAGAAGCUACAGGAGAGCUUACGGCAGGGGUCCACCAUCAUUGCUGCCCUAGUGAGAGAAAGAAAUUCUGCAUUCACGGGUCAGCUGCUGGUAGCGUGAAGAACACAGACAGAAGAUCACCUUUCCGGGUCCUGAAAACACCUGCCUGUCUCUGUUGCAUUUUGUUCCCAAACCCCACUCCCUCUUAUUGUAUGCAGGAGAAAUGUUUAAGCUGUUUUCUGUAUCUUAGAAGUUAUAGGAUGUGAUGCUUAGAUAAUAAAGUGCAUCAGUGUCUGUCAAGUCGGGUAUGUCAGAUGGAAAUUGCGUGGCUCAGAAGAGUAAGUAGGUGGACAGUUACUGCCUUCCCAUAAAGGGUCUUUCCACAAAGCUAAAAAGGGAAAUUGAAGAAAUAAUAAUGGUUUGCUAUUCCUGCAAGGAAUGAAAAUAUAGAAAAGUUCAGCUAUUGCCAUAACUCCGUUAUUUAGUAGAUCACAGUGUAAUUAGCUAAUGAAUAAGAUUCUAAAAUUGUCCACUCAACAUGGGAGAUUUUCUCUUUCUCUUGCACUGGAAUUUUCCAAUCCUUGAAACAGUACAGAAAGUAGAACUGCUUCAGAUAUCUCACCACUUGCCUCUUUUCUAGAUCCCUACAGGAGUUGUAAUGUUUUGCUUUUUUUCAUUUCUAACUUUUUUCAUUUUAUUUUUUUAUUUUCUUUACUC